UGGCUCAAAAACGAAAUUUUGACAUCGAUUUACAGAAGUGGUCGCGAGUAGACGGUUCCCUUUUUAUUCGAAAGAAUAAGAAAUUGAGCGUUUCAGCGUAAUGUUGGUGGUGCUAGUGCAUUAAAACGUAACAAGGGACGUUCUGUGUGUGUAAAAUAAACGCUAUAUUAUGUUUGUGUGCUUAGUGUGAGUUAAACCGCUUCGCAUUUUCUAGUGAAGUGAUAUCUUGGUGACGGAAAAUCGGCAUAUCUUGUCAGGAGUCGCCUGCCGUUUGUGCAUGAGAUCAGGGCGGGACAUCUCGCACUGAGCCGACGUCAACACGACACACUAAACGUAGACAGAGGAGCGGUCGCGAUGGCGGACACGGAUACAGAGACGCUGCCGAACGGGACUGGGCCGAUCUCCACCACCGAAGAGGAGGAAGAACGCCUGAAGCAACGUCCCGCUGACAUCGAUGCGGAUGUCCGCGAGAUGGAACGCCGCAAGCGAGUGGAGGCGCUGAUGUCAUCGAAACUGUUCCGCGAAGAGUUGGAACGCGUGUUAGACCAGCAAGCGCAUGAAGGUAGCGACGCACCGCUGCUGCAACGCAUCAGGGAAAUGGUUGGCGGACGAUUGCAUACUGGUAGCUUGAGGGGUCCUAGCUGCGUGCUCCCCAUCAAUGAUAUCCGUGGUAUCGAAGGUGUGGGCUACGAGAAGGGGGAGAAGAUCUUGCGCUGUAAGUUAGCAGCCGUGUACCGUCUGGUUGAUCUCUUUGGAUGGACACAGACCGGUGUGAGCGGUCAGAUCACCGCUCGUCUGAAUACGGCGGUUGAACAAGUUCUGACAACGCCUCGUGGUCUCCUCCCGCACGAGGUGACCGCCUCCUCGCUGGUGAAGGUGGACAUGCAGGGAGUGGUACAGGACCAGGGGACCACCAACUUCCCGGUCAAUGUUGAAGGUUUCUCUCUGCACGCGUCAGUGCACGCGGCGCGUCCUGACGUGCGCUGCGUGCUGCACGUGCGCUCUGCGGCCGCGCUCGCCGUGUCCGCCUCGCGCCGCGGUCUGCUGCCGCUGUGUGCUGAGGCCGCACUGCUCGGACCACUCGCACACCAUCGCACCCCCCACGGUAACUUAGACAACGAGGAGCGCGACAAGUUGGUCCGUGCUCUGGGUCCCAGCGCCAAGGUCCUGAUGCUGACCAGCAAUGGCGCUCUCUGCUGCGGAGCUACUCUCGAGGAGGCGUUCUUCCAGGCCAAGAACUUGAACACCGCCUGUGAGGUGCAGCUGCGGGUUGCCAACCAGCCACUGGAUGAUCUUUAUCUGCUGGAUGAGGAGACCAGGCGUCAGAUCUACGAGUCAUCUCGUAAGCCGCCGGCUGAUACAAACAAGUGGCGUGUCGGUGGCGAGGAGUUUGAGGCUCUGAUGAGGAUGCUGGACAACGCCGGCUUCCGCACUGGAUACAUCUACAGACAUCCUCUCAUCAAGAACGAUGUGCCGAAGCCUAAGAAUGAUGUAGAAGUACCACCUGCGGUCUCCUCCCUUGGUUAUCUUCUGGAAGAGGAAGAGCUGUACAGGCAAGGGUUAUGGAAGAAGGGUCAAGGCAAGACAGGAGAGCGCACUCGUUGGCUGAACUCCCCCAACGUCUACCAGAAGGUUGAGGUCCUGGAGACAGGCACCAGCGACCCCAAGAAGAUCACCAAGUGGGUGGACGCUAACAACGAAGAGUGGGUUCAAGAUGGCUCGCCUGCGCACUCUAGUACCCCAGUCAAGAUAGAUACCCUACAAUUUGUGCCUAAGAACACAAACCCUAAGGAAUUCAAGCAAUUACAGCAGCAGAUAAAGGAGAACCGUCGCGCGGACAAGAUCAGCGCUGGUCCUCAGUCUCACAUCCUGGAGGGUGUCACUUGGGAUGAGGCGGCGCGUCUGGUCGGCGAGGAUGCUGUCAACACGCACACAGGAGACCAUGUCGUACUUAUGGGUGCAGCGUCAAAGGGUAUAAUCCAGCGCGGGUACCAACAUAAUGCGACAAUGUACAGCGCUCCAUACGCACGCAAUCCAUUCGAUCAUGUCACCGAUCGUGAAAUUGACGAGUACAAGCGUACUGUCGAAAGAAAACAGCGCGGGAACGAAUACGACACCGACCUUUCUGAGUCUGAGGCUGUGAGUGGCGCUCAAGUGACGUCACCCGCCAGCGCGCCCUCCGAGACAGAGGAGGAGUCCCGCGACGAACACCGAGUGUUACGGAUAGAGACGAAGCAAGUUCCGGUUCGCAGCCAACCUGAGCUCGUUCUCAGCGACGUUGAUACGACCGACUUCCUGAAGGCGGAACGAGAGCAUACCGAUAUGUCUAGAGAGAUUGAACGCGAUCCCAACUUACUGUCUGAUGAUGAAGUAUUCUUGGACUCGACCGCGUCCACUGGUACUUCAAGUAUUAUCACUGCGCCAUCUACAGUCGUCAUCAGACAAUAUACUGCUCAUGCGCCUGUCUUAGGACAUGUGAGAGGUGAGCAUACUGUGAACGGUGAUCACUCUGACGCCCACCAGAGCACUUUCUCGCAUAGCAGUAAAGAGGGAUCGCCUUCCAAGGAAGUAUCUACUGAAGACUCGCCUAAGAAAGACAAAAAGAAGAAAAAAGGUCUGAGGACGCCGUCGUUCCUUAAAAAGAAGAAGGAGAAAAAGAAGGAAAAGUCCAGCACACCGCAGCCCGCCUAGAGGUAUAACAUCGAAACAACACUGCCAUGUCGCUUUCAAUAUUAAUUCUUAAUAAUUAAGAG